UGAUGCUCAGUUCAGUGCGCACACCGGCCAGGACUGAGUGAGCCCGCUGGAAACACAAAGACCUCCUUAAAGUCCUGGAUAUACAGCUUUUAUUCAGAGCUUUACUGGAUAGUGUGCAGUUGGAGGACCGGGAGCCUCUGAUCAUGAUAUGAUCUGUGCUCAUUUGUUGAAUUUACUCUAGAAAGUUAUUUGCAAGAAGAACACCGGCUGGCUGCGCUCGAGAAGACCACCCACAUCUCCAGUGUAAAUCUGGUCAGAACCUCUGCAUUUCCACAUCCCGGUGACCGCUGCCUAUCAGAUCAUGCUCUUCAUCUAAACGCCUUAUUUAGGCUGUUUCUCGUCUGCGUUCACUGUUCUGCUACCUCCUCUGUUCAGACACACCAUGCAUGCACUUCUGCUCUCUGCACUUCUUCUACUUCGUGUCCGCUACGUGUCCGCGGAGCCUAAGCCCAAGUGUCCCGCGCGCUGUGAUGUGAGCCUGUGUCCGAGCCCGAGCUGUCCGGCCGGUUACGUGCCUGACCGCUGCGGCUGCUGCCUGGUGUGCGCCCGGGCGGAGGGAGAGCCGUGCGGCCGCAAGGAGCCGCUGCUGCCCUGCGGAGACGGACUGGAGUGCAGACACCCGGCCGGCAAGCGCCUGGCCAAGGGCGUGUGUGAGUGCAAAUACAGCGGCGAAGUGUGCGGCAGCGACGGCCACACGUACAGCAACGUGUGCCAGCUAAAGGCCGCCAGCAGGAGGGCGCUGCAGCAGGGACUGCCCAGCAUCACCAACGAGCACAAGGGGCCGUGCGAAAGCAGCCAAGGUCUGACACACCCCAACAGCCCGAGGUACAAAUUCAACUUCAUUGCUGAUGUGGUGGAGAAAAUCGCUCCAGCUGUGGUCCAUGUCGAGCUCUUCCUAAGCCACCCCCUGUUUGGCCGGACAGUACCCCUGUCCAGCGGGUCAGGGUUUGUGAUAUCGGAGACUGGGCUGAUUGUGACGAAUGCCCACGUGGUGUCCAGCACCACGCCUGUUUCGGGUCGCCAGCAGCUCAAAGUGCAGAUGCAUGAUGGGGAUGUGUAUGAGGCUACCAUCAAAGACAUCGACAAGAAGUCUGACAUCGCCACAAUCAAAAUCAACCCACAGAAAAAACUGCCAGUUUUGUUGCUGGGUCACUCUGCAGACUUGCGGCCUGGAGAGUUUGUGGUCGCCAUUGGGAGCCCAUUUGCACUGCAGAACACAGUGACCACAGGCAUCGUGAGUACAGCACAAAGGGACGGGAAGGAGCUGGGCAUCAAGGACUCUGACAUGGAUUACAUCCAGACUGAUGCAAUCAUCAAUUAUGGGAAUUCAGGUGGCCCUCUUGUCAAUCUGGAUGGAGAGGUGAUUGGAAUCAACACUCUAAAGGUGGCAGCUGGGAUCUCCUUUGCCAUUCCUUCAGACAGAAUAACACGCUUCCUUAAUGACUCAAUGGGCAAGCAAAGCAAAGAAGUAAAAUUAGUGAAGAAACGUUUCAUUGGAAUUCGUAUGCUCACAAUUACUGAAGCACUUGUAGAAGAGCUGAAGCAGCAGAGCCCAGACUUCCCUGAUGUCAGUAGUGGGAUUUAUGUCCAUGAGGUGGUUCCUCAUUCUCCUGCUCAGAAAGGGGGUAUAAAGGAUGGAGACAUCAUCGUGAAGCUGAAUGGCCAGCCAUUAAUGAGCACCAGUGACCUGAAGGAUGCAUUAACAGAGGACACUGCCCUGCUGCUGGAGGUUCGCCGUGGCAACGAUGACCUGCUCUUCAACAUUGAGCCUGACGUCAUCAUGCAAUGACGGCAUCAAGCUGCUUAGCGUUUAGUCUGCUGUCAGAAUGCAGGGCCAACCAGGGGGGCAUGGAAUAAGAACUGGCGAACACGAUAAUGGCCAAAGCUUUACAGGGACAGAGUUUGAUUUCCAUCAAAUUACCAUGUAACACUAUGGAUCCUGCCAGAGGAGCUGAGGAAUUCUCCUGCUAUCUUUUGUUGCCAGUUUCAUGAUAGAUCUGCAUCACAGGUCUUAAAUGACAGUCAUGUAUGUCACAAAGUACUGCCCAUCUAUGGAUGGAGAGUCUUGUAUCAUAUAGUUCAUGGUGAAUAUGGGAAGAUACAGUACUGUAUUGAUUUUAAAUGACAAUGCUGGUGAUGUUGAAAAGCAGCUAGAUUUUGUGCCUAAAUACAUAACAUAGGUCACUGUGAGCACAUUUAGGUGGUCAGUAU